UUUGCUUUGCCUAUAUAUACCACUUGUUUGUAUUUGUAUCUAAACAACAAAUCAACUCGAUACACCAUAGUCCAACUGAAUAAUAAAGUGAUUGUACAGAGCUCAAGUGGGCUACCAAAACUUUUACUUCACAACUGUCUUCUAUGAUGGUGAAGACAGGUUGGUUGUUGUUAGUCAUUCUAGGACUGGUGUUUUCAACUCUAGAAGGAGCAGAGGGAAGAAAAGGAAGAAUUCUUGAAGGGUCCUCCUAUGAGUUGACAUACUCAGCAAUAAGCUGCAGAAGGCACAGUGCAUCCAUAAAAGAUUUUGGAGGGGUUGGAGAUGGAAAAACACUCAACACAAAGGCAUUUCAGAAAGCAGUAAAUCAACUGAGUAAAUAUGCAUCAGAUGGUGGAGCUCAAUUAGUUGUCCCUGCCGGUCACUGGCUCACUGGUAGUUUCAAUCUUACUAGCCAUUUCACUCUUUUUCUUCACAAGGAUGCUGUUCUUCUUGCUUCUCAGGAAAUAAACCAGUGGCCUCUGAUAGACCCCUUACCAUCCUAUGGUCGUGGGAGGGAUGCACCAGGAGGCAGGUAUAUCAGUCUCAUUUUUGGUACUAACCUCACAGAUGUCAUCAUCACAGGUGAGAAUGGGACGAUAGAUGGGCAGGGUGCCCUGUGGUGGCAACAAUUUCACAAGGAAAAGCUAAAAUACACAAGACCUUACUUGAUUGAACUCAUGCAUUCUAAUAAGAUUCAGAUAUCAAAUCUAACCCUUGUUAACUCUCCUUCUUGGAAUAUCCAUCCUGUUUAUAGCAGCAAUAUCAUUAUCCAAGGCAUCACUAUUUUAGCACCUGUAACAUCUCCAAAUACUGAUGGAAUUGACCCAGAUUCUUGCACAAAUAUAAGACUGGAGGACAACUACAUUGUAUCUGGAGAUGACUGUGUAGCAGUUAAAAGUGGCUGGGAUGAGUAUGGUAUAAAAUAUGGAAUGCCAACGAGUCAUCUGAUCAUCAGACGUCUCACUUGCAUUUCACCUUCCAGUGCAGCAAUAGCAUUAGGAAGUGAAAUGUCAGGUGGAAUUCAAGAUGUGAGAAUUCAAGACAUUACAGCCAUCCACACAGAAUCAGGGAUAAGGAUCAAGACUGCCAUAGGUAGAGGCGGCUUUGUCAAAGAUGUAUAUGUCAAGGGGAUGAAACUGCACACUAUGAAAUGGGUAUUUUGGAUGACAGGCAACUAUGGUUCACAUGCUGACACUCACUGGGAUCCUAAAGCUAUACCAGAGAUAAAAGGGAUCAAUUACCGGGAUGUGGUGGCUGAGAACGUGUCAAUGGCCGGGCAGUUAGAUGGGAUAUCCGGGCAUCCUUUCACUGGAAUCUGCAUGUCCAAUGUGACAAUUGGUUUAGCAAAGAAGUCCGAGAAAUAUCCAUGGAAUUGCACUAAUAUUGAAGGAAUUAGCACUAGUGUGCAACCUCCACCUUGUCAGUUGCUGGCAGAUCAGGGCCUAAAGAAGAGUGGGAUGUGUGAUUUUCCUAUAGAAAGUUUACCCAUAGAUAACAUACGGAUGCAAAGAUGUUCUUAUAGAUUGAAUUACUGAUAAGCUUUCCUUACGUGUAAUAGUUCUAUUACUGAAGUAUCGGUACUCUUCAUAGCUACUUCAGAAUACUCUCAAUAGCAUGCUACAAAUAUAAUUAAGGAUUUCAUGUUCUUUUA